AGCCGUGUCCCGCGUAUGCGUGGGGAGUGCCCGGACCCGACACCGCCGCCAGAAUCCUGUAGCUUCUUCCCCUGCGUGUCCAUGGCACUCCCGGAGCAUCAGAUCCCACCCGUGUGGUGCAUCGAGGUGAAUCAGGGGAACAUGCCGGGCAUCCAGAGCACCUUCCUUGCCAUGGACACCGAGGAGGGCGUGGAGGUGGUGUGGAACGAGCUGCUCUUCACCGACAAGAAGGCCUUUAAAGCCCACGAGGAGAAAAUCAAGACCAUGUUUGAGCAGCUGGUGCUGGUGGAUCACCCCAACAUCGUCAAGCUUCACAAAUACUGGCUGGACGUGAAAGACCUGAAGGCACGGGUCAUCUUCAUCACAGAAUACGUGUCUUCAGGGAGCCUGAAGCAGUUCCUGAAGAAAACCAAGAAAAACCACAAGGCCAUGAAUGCCAGGGCCUGGAAGCGCUGGUGCACUCAGAUCCUCUCGGCUCUCAGCUUCCUGCACUCCUGCGAGCCGCCCAUCAUCCACGGCAACCUGACCAGCGACACCAUCUUCAUCCAGCACAACGGGCUCAUAAAGAUCGGCUCAGGUCGGAACCUGCUGCUCCGCUCCUAGUGGAGCCAGGAGAGU